GAGAGAGGGAGGCUGCGCUGUACGGCUGAGUGGCCGGAUCCGUCAGCAGGGCUUUUCUUUGCGCUCAGGGAUCUUGGCUCGCAGCCCGACUGGCGUUUUUGUAAUCAAGGCAUGAUCCGGGACUCCAUGCGCUUCUUCCCUGAGCCGCGUCGGCUGCCUGCCGCUUGGAAAUAUCCCAGAUUCCCCUGCUGACAUGAACAGAACUAGUCCCACAGAGAUGAUGAUGAUGAAGAAGGAACACAAGGACGCAGAGCUGGACAAAAAGAUCGAAGCCUUACGAAAGAAAAAUGAAGCACUUAUGAAACGCUAUCAGGAAGUGGAGGAGGAUAAAAAGCGGGCGGAACAGGAUGAGAUGUCAUUCCACACCAGAAAGGGAAAACCGGAUGAUCUGACCAUCACCAUCAACAAAUCCUUCUGCGAUCAGCGUGUGGUGACCCAGAAAGUUGGAGGACUAAGAGAGGGACAUCAGGAGAAGGACUGUGAUCCCGGAUCAAGUGUUUUCAGCAUCGGCAGAGGAAAGAGGCGGCAGCUGCUCAUCUCCACACCAGGAAACAUCAAGGGUAAGGUGUUCGGCGAGAGGAAGGACAGAAACCGUCCAGUGAGUCCAGCAAGACUGAAGUCCUGUGUUGAAGAAGAUCUGGAGUCGAACACACGAGGAAAACAACCUGUGUCUGUAAAGAGACUCACAGAGGAGAACAAAGGAAAGCAGGAUCAGUGGAGUCCAUGUGAAGGAUCUUGCAGUGUCCCGUCUACAGAACCAGUGGCUGAUCUGAACCUGAUGGCGUCUGAGCAGGAGCAGCAGGAGUAUCUGCGCUGGAAGAAGGAGCGUGAGGAGAUCGACCGUGAGCGCGUGGCCCGUCACAAAAACUCCAAAGGCCAGUGGAGGAGAGCCUGGGACAUGGAGAAAACUGAGCUAAUGUUUUCUGAAAAGGAGCAUAAAGGAAUAUCAAACAGAGGAGGUCGAAAUGCCAGAAGAGGAAAUCUGAGAUCAGAAGAAUCCAAAGCUCGUCAUCAGGCAUUGGACAGAAAGGGGAAAAGCGCCUCAGUGGUUUGCAGUAAAGCGAAGGGUAAAGACCGUCUGACGGGCCGAGCGAGGAGGUGGGAUGCUAAAGAGCAGGAAGAACAUUUGCAGGUUUAUCCAGAAGGCAGCUUGCAGGAGUUUUUAGAGGAACUUGAUGCCCUUUGUGCUACUGAAAAGAUCAAUCCAGAGACGGACACUAAAAACACAAGGCCGUGUUCAUCUCAAGAGUCGCUCAGAACCACAGAACACACACAAAACGCCAGUGUUUCAGCAGAAAAGCCUCAUCCAGAGCUCGUCUCUCUGAAAAACGUGGAGAAAAAGGUGCGCUUUUCUGAAGACCAUGAGAAGGAGGAGCUACAGACAAACACUAAUGGUUUUGUGGAGGAAAACAGACAAACAUCAGCACAAAACAGCUGUGAAAAUCACACGGAGUCAGAUGCACUUACUGAAGAAAGCAAAACAUCGUGUCCUGAAGCUGGAGAUAUAUCAGCAGAAGCAGAUGAAAAACAACCUGCUGAACACAGCAAGAGCUGCACUGCUAAAGAAAACGAAGAGCUGCUGGACUCUGGAGUGUGUGUGCUGACUCUGGAACACAGUGAUGUUCAGCCGAAGUGCAGCAGUGUUCAGAUGGCAAGAGAGAACGGGAAAGUGGUUUAGAGAGGAAGUGAUGUCACUCACAUCUGGCGGGAAACUUAAUGCACUCAAACCAAAACAAACAAAAGGAGGAGAAUAUGAUGUUUGCACGUGAACUCUGCAUUUCAGACCGUCGUGUGGUUUACUGGAAGCUGAACUGUGGUAAAAACGGUAACGUUGUGAUUGUUCUGGUUAAUCUGAUCCUAAAUGAAAGAUUGUCAAAGCUUCAACGCACAGCUGUAACCUUUAUCCGAAGCCCCAUACCCAAAGAUCUGCAGGUUUUGAAGGGUCUUUGAGUUGCUCUUUGGUUGGAUUGUCUAGUCUGACAGCACUAUUAAACAACUUGAAUGUGUAAUUAAGUUUAGAGGAACAAAACAAACCCAUUUACACACUUAUAAACGCAUUAUAGACAGCACAACUAACUAACCUAGUCUUCUAUAUGCAUACGACUAGUAUUAUUCAUCAUAACUCAUAUUAAAAUCAGAAAGUGUUCGAGUUUAAUGUGUAUAAGCACAGGUCUUGGGUUGUGCGUGGAUUGUUCACAGUGAUCAUUCGAGUCUGUUAUUUAGCACUUUAUUUUUUUAUGAAUGAUCAGAAAAAUGUUUGCAUAAAUAAUUUAAGGAAGAAAAAAAAAACGAUUUUUACAGUUUUUUUUCUUUUUCAGGUUCAGUUUUGUUUAAAAAACUGAAACAAAGAAUGUUUACGACUUGAACAUGUACAUGUAUACAUGACAUUAACUCUGUGUGUUUUUGUGCUUUGUUUUCCAGUACAAAUAUAUGAACAUUCGUAGAUUAAUAUGCAUUUAUUUGAGAAUCAAAUUCAUUUAAAGAAAUUCUAUAAACACAAUUUGUGUUUUGUUUUAUUAAUGAAUAAUUUAGUUUAAGCUUAAAAACAUACACAAGCAAGU